AUGGUAGUGCGAAAUCUUCACCUUACCUUAAUCACCCUUGAGUCAAAAGUAAUUGGCUCUGCGCAUUCACUCACAAUCCUUAGCGUGCUGGACGUCGUUCUAGUGUACCACGGGAGCGCUUUAUUAGGGUGGGAACUACGAAUAUCACUUACCAAGGGACGAAAAAUCACCUACCAAGGUGCCGAAUAG